GUAACUCACUGAAGACAUCAGUUGAAUUCGAGACAGACACUCGGAAACAUCGCUCUGUAUGUGAUAAUUAAUUGAAAUAUAUUAAAUAAUAAUAUAUUUCAAUUAAAUCGUUCAAUAUCUAUUCAGUAUUAUUUUUGUAAAAUAUUACAUACAGCACAGCGAUGGCGAAUUUAGAGAAUGGAACGUUCAAGAAACUAGAUGUGGUUGUUGUCGGUGGAGGUUUGGUGGGAUCACUCGAAGCAUUAUUUUUGGCGAAGAGAGGACAUCGCGUUCGCCUGUACGAAUAUCGAGAAGACAUAAGAAAUACUCCACAGGCCCGAGGUAGAUCCAUAAACCUGGCUUUGUCUAUACGAGGCAGAACGGCGUUGAGAGAAGUCGGUUUAGAAGACCACAUGAUCAAUAAUCAUGGGAUCCCCAUGAAAGGACGCAACAUCCACCGAAUCGAUGGUUCCACUUAUAUUAUUCCUUAUGAUUCUAGAACUAAACAAUGUAUUUAUUCCGUUGGACGAAAUUAUUUAAAUGGACUAUUAUUACAAGAAUCUGAAAAGUAUGAAAACGUGGAGAGAUUUUUUAAUCACAAACUGAUAGCAUCAAAUUUGAGAAAAGGUUUUUUAUCUUUUCAGAAGACUGACACCAAAGAAAUAGUUGAAGUCAAUGCAGACCUAAUCAUAGGGGCCGACGGUGCAUUUUCAGCUGUGCGCAAAGAAAUUAUGAAACAACCACUUUUUGACUACAAUCAGAAAUAUAUUGAACAUGGAUAUUUGGAAUUAUGCAUACCCCCUGAUAGCAAUGGCGGAUUUCAGAUGCCACCGAACUAUCUGCAUAUCUGGCCUAGGGGUGAAUUUAUGAUGAUCGCUCUUCCAAACCAGGACUGCUCCUGGACUGUGACACUUUUCAUGCCAUUCACACACUUCAAAAGUUUAGAUAACGAAGAUAAAUUAUUGAAGUUUUUCGAAAAAUAUUUCCCAGAUUCAAUUCCGCUGAUAGGAAAACAAAAGUUAAUAGCCGACUAUUUUGCCGGAUCAGCUUCGCCUUUGAUUGCGAUUAAGUGUCGACCUUACAAUGUAGAAGACAAAGCUCUGAUCAUUGGUGACGCAGCUCACGCUGUGGUUCCAUUUUACGGCCAAGGUAUGAACGCUGGCUUCGAAGAUUGCACGAUCCUCAAUCAAUUAUUCCAGAAGCACCAUGAUGAUCUGGCUAAAAUACUGAAAGAAUUCUCUGACACCAGAUGGGAGGAUACUUUUGCAAUUAGUGAUCUGGCUAUGUACAAUUAUAUUGAGAUGCGAGAUCUUGUAACACGACCAUCCUAUCUCCUGCGAAAAGCUAUUGAUGACGUCAUUUUUUGGUUGAUGCCCAAAGUUUGGAUUCCUCUCUACAACUCUGUGACAUUCUCCACGAUCCCAUACACUCAAUGUAUCAAAAAUCGUCAAUGGCAGGAUAAGGUUUUAAAUCGGUCACUUUUGUUCCUUGGUACCGUCACGAGUGCUGUAGGAGCGUUCUACGUUUAUAAAAAAUUUGUAGGCUUAAGCUAAUUGAAAAAAGUUAAGGAUUAGUUUUGUACACAUUCAUUGCAUUAGCAUUUACUUUAAAAAUAAUAAGUAUUAGUGUGUGUUUUAUGUUACUUCACUCACUUCGAUUUUUAAGAUCUUUUGUGUCGUUAUUUAAGCGAACUAACUAAUUAAAUAAAUUUUAAUGCAAAAUGGGAUAUUUGUAAAGUUUUAGACGUCAUAUCCAUAAUUUUAGUGUCCAUAAUUUUUCGGAAAAAUAUACUUUCCUACUUUGUGUUAAUUGGUUAUCUAACCUUGUAGAAUUAACGUGAGGUCAAAAUCUUAGUUCUAUACAACUAGGCCCUUCAACACAAAGGCAACGACCCUUCAAAGGCAGACUGGUGGAAUUAAUACUAAGCAGUUCAGAAUAUAUCCUACCGAUAGGUAAUAAAGUGAAACUACUUUUUUA